AUGGAAACAUCUCAAACUCUGUCUAUUGAGAGCUUUUCUUAUAGUUGGUUAGCAAACUUGAAGCCAUCUUUUGAGAGCCCGGGACAUUCUUUCCGGGCUUCACUUGAUAUAUAUGAUGAAGCUUUGUUCAUUGAGAUAGACCCGAAUUUGUCUUCCUCGAAUAGGUUCAUUAGAGUUUCUCAGGAAUUUAAUUUUCCGAUAUCACAGGCUCCUGUCACUCUUGUUCAUGCUGAUGAGAUGAUUUCCAAUGGUCUGCUGAUGCCUUUUUUUGUCAAACAAUUAAAGGCGGACGCACAUGAUCAUGCUUCUGAUUCGACUAAAAAUUUACAGUGCCCUUUGUUUUCCUCAGAGAAGUUGAAGCCAGGGACCAGGAUUCGGUGCUCAUCAUUGAGGAAGUGCCGGAAGCUGACAAAGAAAAUAUUUCAGAAGUACGUGAAUUUAAUUAGGCCACUUUGCCAAAGAGUCAGAGGCCGAAGAUCAGGCUCCAGAGUUGGGACGUUCACUUCACGGAUGCAUGGAGAAAGAAAUUGGGACUGUUCUGCUUCAACAUCACCGCGAGCCAGCGUAGCUUACUCAGCUGAUACUUAUCGGAUGUCCUGUGACUCGGAGAGUUCCAUUCAGGAAGCUGUGCUCCAUUGCAAAAGAACAGUUGGUAUGUAG